GGUCUAGUGGAAGAUUUCCCUUCCCAUAGCAGGGGCAUGGCACUGGAUAAUCUUUGAGGUCCCUGCCACCCCAGCCCACUCCGCCACACUCGGGGCUCCCGCUCCCUCACACACCACCCUAUCGCGGUGACGCCACUGCCGCGCGCCGGCGCGUGACGUCAUGAGCGCGCCGGGCGGACGUUGCCAUGGAGGCGGCAGACGAGUGGCUGCUGCAGUCGCUGCGACUGUACCGUGACCUGCACACCUUCGAGCUCCAGGCGCCCACCCGCCUCAUCGAAUGGGCCCGCGGGAACCGUGUCUGUGUAGCCGGGUAUGGACAGUCUCAUGGGAACGAGAUCCUGCAGCUGAUCCCACCGCCAACACUGCUGACAAAGGAGACCCAGGGCCUGUGUCCAGAGAGAGAUUUCAAGGUAGAAUGUGGUGGAUUUUCAGAGCGUCCAGUGUACAGCCUGAAAUAUGUGCCGGACACCAGCUUGCUGGUAACAAGUGGCCCGCCUGACAACUCCCUCCAGGUCUGGCAGGUGUCAGCAGAGGACUCUGAUGUUAUUAAAUCUGUAAGCACCAUAGCAACAGAAAAUGUCACUGGGCAGUCCUGGGCUAAAAUUGCCACCAUUUCAGCCAGAGCCCCAUGGGUCCUUCACGGCUCAAGACUUGACAGAGUCCAAAUUACAGAGGUUGAAUCAAGGAAAAAUGUCUACACGACAGGUAUUCAAGCUUCCAGAGGCAGCGAGGAGCUCAGCGGCCUGGCCUUCCUGGACUGCAACACGCUGCUUCUGUGCUGCGCCACAGGCCGGCUGUGCCUGGCUGACAUCCGGCAGCCACAGUGUCUCACGGAGGCCACGGCAGUGCCCUCGGCACCAUGCAGUGAGCAGUGGUGCAUGGGCACCAGGCAUGGAGCUCAGGGCUUGGAGACGAGCUCCCAGCCCGUGGCUCGCCUCUCGAGCAGGGGGCUCCUAAUCCUGACAGACCUCAGGAAAACCUCUGAGUUUUUGGCCUUGGUGAAGACCAGAGUCCCCUCUCCUGCUUCAGGAGCAGAGUUCCUGUGCGUCUCCUGGGCUCCUGCUCUGGAAGGCUACCUUGCCAUUUCAGGUUUCGAUGGCACCGUGCAUGUCUAUGACACACAAAGCUGGGACAGCUCUGGCAGGGAAGCAGAGCCCAUCUUCAUUCACAAAGGCCACGCAUUUGGCGGAGCAGGUGGCAGCGGGGACUCUCCCCUGGUCACUGUGCACACAUGGCAUCUGCAGAAACCCAGAACUUUGUUGUCAGCAGCGAGUGAUGGCUCCUUGCAUGUCUGGGACUGGGUUCAGCCUUGUGGGAAGUGUGGGUAAGGUGGUGUUUUGGUGAGAUGGGGCAUUUCCUGCCUCUGCUCUAGUUUGUGUGGGCUGCAGGGUGUGUGUGCCUGCAGAUACUGUUUGGAGUCUGUUGCAGUGAGCAGAACUGUAAAAUUUCUAUUUUAAUAAUAGUAAAAAUUUUGGCUAUGUUAAUUGUUCACCUGUCUACCAGCCUUCAGAUGAGAGCUGUGCCUGUGGUUCUGACUGUGGCUGCUGGCAGAGUAUGUCCUGUUGUUUGAUCAUAGGCUUGUGUCAUGUCUGCAGAAAGGGAGAGGAACAAAAAAAGGAGAGAGACUUGACAAGGGCCUGGAGUGACAGGACAAGGAAUGGCUUCCCUGCCAAAGGGCAGGGUUAGAUGGGAUAUUGGGAAGAAAUUCUUCCCUGUGAGGGUGCCAAGGCCCUGGAACAGGUUGCUCAGAGAAGUUGCAGAUCCCUGGAUGUGUCCAAGGCCAGGCUGGAUAGAUCUUUCAGCAACCUGGUCUAGUGGAAGGUAUGCCUGCUGAUGGCAGGGAGUUGGAACUGGAUGAGCAUUGAGGUCCCUUCCAAACCAGCCAUUCUCCAAUUUCAUAACAAAACCAGGAGUUUGAGGAAACAGGCUCUUCUGUGGGAU